AUGGCAAGUCCAACAUAUUCAAAGAGAGCUGGAUCUGUACGAAGACCAUUUGACAAGCAAAGACUCAUUAACGAAAUGAAGUACGUAGGUGAGUAUGGACUGAAGUCCAAGAGAGAACUGAGAGUACUUGAGAAGAUAUUCCAUGAUGUAAAGAGAAGAGCAAAGGAUCUUCUUAUAAACACAGAUGAAGACUACCAGAUGGUACAGGGAAGAGCACUGCUCCACAGACUAGAGAAGCAAGGAUUAAUCACUGGAAUAAACUACCAGUCUAAGAAGUGUAUUAUUACAGAGCUUGAGAAGAUUCUUGACUUAGAAAUCACUUCACUUCUGAACAGAAGACUCCAGACCAAAGUACUGUCACUGGGUCUAGCAAAGAGCAUACACCACGCACGUGUUCUGAUUCACCAGGGGCACAUAUCAGUAAACGGUGCUAUAGUAAACAAGCCUGGAUUUAUUGUUGCUGCUGAGAGUGAAGGGUACAUAGAGAUAUCACCCAACUCAACACUUAUGGGAAACAAGCCAGGAAGAGCUGCCAAGAAAGUAAAAGCAGCAGCUUCUGAGUAA